AUGGUGGAAAUGGAGGCGAUCAAAGUAUUAGGAAUCCACGGGCCCAACGCUGGCAAAGUUAUUCUCCUCUGUGAGGAGCUAGGGCUGCCAUAUGAAACCGAAUUGAUCCCACUUACCGACGUCAAGAAUCCCAAGUAUGUCGCCAUCAACCCGAACGGGCGGCUGCCGUCUAUCCAGGACCCAAACACAGACCUCACGCUGUGGGAGUCGGGCGCUAUUAUCGAGUAUUUGACAGAGAAAUACGACAUCGACCACAAGCUAAGCUUCGUGCCGGGCACGGUUGAGGCGUACCACGCUCGUCAAUGGCUCUUCUACCAGACCACUGGCCAGGGACCGUAUUAUGGGCAAGCGAUGUGGUUUAUUAUAUAUCAGCCACUUCCCGAGGCACGCGAGCGCUACGUUAAGGAGGUUAACCGCGUAACCGGAGUACUAGAGGGACACCUGGCAAAGCAGAAGCCCGACGCGGACGGCAACUCUUGGUUCGUAGGUGGCCGCCUCUCCUACGUGGACAUCGCCUUCUUUACGUGGCAGCACACAGCCGAGCCGCGAAUUCCGAAUGAGGAGUUCAACCAGGAUAACUACCCGCACGUCAAGAAGUGGCUUGACAACAUGCUCGCGCGCCCGAGUGUGAACAAGCUCCUGAAGCUCCAAGAAGCCAAAUAG